GAGAGCUGGUUGCCUUGGCUCCCCGUAGCUAUAGCAGCGAGCGGGGGGGACGAAGCGAGCGAGCGAGAAUGCUGCGGGCUCCGGUGGGACGCGUCUCUGGCGGGCUCUCAAUGUCAUUUGGAAGAUGGAUUCCGCCAUAUCUGGAUUAAAUUCCUUGUCCUGCAGAUGACUAGCAUCUUCUCUAAAUAAGAAAGUGGGAGAAUAUUCUGCUCUGACAAAGGCGUCCUGGACAGUAACUCCACCACAAGGAAAUGCAGCUACGUUUCCAUGCCCUCUUGCCCAGGUUUAGCACUGCUGCAAAGCCCCAAAUCCAGAUUACAUAAUCCCCUCUUCCAAAGUGUAAACAUGAUUUUAUAAUACUAUAAAUAUGCAUAUAUAAAUAUACUUUGUAUUUUUUCAAGAUCUUUGUUAGAAACUGGCUAAUUUAACACUUCAAGGAGUAUGUGCUGAGAAUGAUGUGCUGUAGCCUAUUCAUAUAAAAUUGUGUGUAGCUUUUAAAAAUAUUAAAAUUAACGUUACCCUUACAGCAUAUUUCAUCCAUGUUUCCCCAAGACACAUGCCCACAGGUUCCUCUGCUUCUUGUUCUUUCUGAUUUCAUUUUGGGGAUGUGCUUUUGUAUUUUUUGUUUUGUUUCAAAAGGUUCUGCAUAUAGUGGGAGGUGAGGCAACACUGGUCUUGGCAGAACACCACAAAACCAAGAGAGUAAUUACAUGACGCAAGUCUUUGAUUAUUUUUUUCUCUGUAAAACUUUCUGGCACGGCUGGGCAUUCCAGUUGCAAAAGAAGGAACAGGAGAAGAAACUUCUAAAGAUCUGCACGGAGAGUUAGAAGAACUUUUCUGUUAAAGUUUUACUACCUAAAAUAAAAGCGCUUCCCAGCGCAGUUCCGGAAUCUCUACUUUUUCAUCCCUCUCAGAACUGAAGAUAUCUUUUCACCACUUCCAUUAGAAGCAAGGCUUUAUUUUGGUUUUGGUGGGCCUGCUUUUUUACUAGUUGGGUUGCUCUAUGUUCUGUGGGAGGAUUAUAAAAGUAUUAACAGAAGUCUUGCAUUUUACUUGUCCUGGACCCUGCUGGACUUCAGCAAUUACACUGUCUUCAAGAGGGUUCUAUUGAAGUGACAGUCUGUUCAGAAGAAGGAUGUAACAGCAAAGCAGUUGCACUUGAAAGACCAUGGAUUCCUUCAUUUUGCUUGCUUCUGUUCUAUUGCCUGUAAAGCAUCAUCAUCCCUGCAUCAUCAGCAGAUGAAUGAUAGCAUCCUGCGCUGGAUUUAAAAUAAAUAUAUAUAUAUAUAGCUAACUCAUGAGUUCCAUGUGUCCACAUCGAAGGAGAAAUUUUGUUUAAACUGUAUUUUAAGAGGAUUGGAUUGUACUCCUUAAUUUUCACUUUGGGUAAAGGAUCUUGCCAAUGAAAGACUUUCAGUCAAACAGAGAUACAAAAGCCUUCUUCAUAUUAUAGAGCUAAAUGUGAAAGAUGUCUUUGAAAAGGACAUAUUUUUCUGUGGGACGGGGUGGCGUGCAGGGGAUGUUUACUCCACGUAAUACAACUUCCAUAGCACCCAGUAAGGGCCUCAGCAAUGAACCAGGACAGAAUAGCUGCUUCUUGAAUAGUGCUUUGCAGGUUCUUUGGCACCUGGAUAUUUUCCGUCGCAGCUUCCGACAGAUCACGACGCACAAGUGCAUGGGAGAUUCUUGCAUCUUUUGUGCUCUUAAGGGUAUCUUCAAUCAGUUCCAGUGUAGCAGUGAGAAAGUACUGCCCUCUGAUGCCCUACGCAGUGCUCUUGCAAAGACCUUUCAGGAUGAGCAGCGCUUCCAGCUGGGCAUCAUGGAUGAUGCUGCUGAAUGUUUUGAGAAUCUCUUGAUGCGGAUUCAUUUCCACAUUGCGGAUGAGUCAAAAGAGGACAUCUGCACUGCUCAGCACUGCAUUUCUCACCAGAAGUUUGCAAUGACCUUGUUUGAACAGUGUGUCUGUACUAGCUGUGGUGCCACUUCUGACCCUCUGCCUUUUAUCCAGAUGGUACAUUACAUCUCCACCACUUCACUCUGCAAUCAAGCUAUUUGCAUGCUGGAGAGACGAGAGAAACCCACUCCGGAUAUGUUUGGAGAGUUACUACAGAACGCCAGCACCAUGGGAGACCUGCGAAACUGUCCGAGUAACUGUGGGGAAAAGAUCCGUAUACGUCGUGUGCUCAUGAACUCUCCCCAGAUCAUGACCAUUGGGCUGGUGUGGGAUUCAGACCACUCUGAUCUAGCUGAGGAUGUCAUUCACAGCCUGGGCACCUGCCUCAAACUUGGAGAUCUCUUUUUCAGAGUAACUGAUGACAGAGCAAAACAGUCAGAGCUGUAUUUGGUGGGAAUGAUCUGUUACUACGGAAAACAUUACUCUACCUUCUUCUUCCAAACGAAGAUCCGCAAGUGGAUGUACUUUGAUGAUGCCCAUGUCAAAGAGAUUGGUCCAAAGUGGAAAGAUGUUGUGACAAAGUGCAUCAAGGGUCAUUAUCAGCCUUUGCUGCUGCUUUAUGCAGAUCCAAGAGGAACUCCAGUGUCAAUGCAAGACUUGCCCUCUCAGGUGGAUUUACAGCAGUAUAGCAGGACUUGCUAUGAUAGCGAGGACUCAGGGAGGGAGCCUUCCAUCUCGAGUGACACCAGGACAGACUCCUCUACAGACAGCUAUCCCUAUAAACACUCACAUCAUGAGUCUGUGGUCAGUCACUUCUCUUCUGACUCGCAGGGGACAGUCAUCUACAAUGUGGAGAAUGACACAGCUUCGCAAAGCAGCAGGGACACAGGACACUUGACUGACAGUGAAUGUAAUCAGAGGCAUAUUUCCAAAAAGAGCUCACUGACUGACCGCAAGAGGAGUUCUAGCCGGUCUCGGCGAAAAGGGGAUGAGAUACAGUCGUCAGGAUACCAUAGUGAAGGGGAAACAUUGAAGGAGAAACAAGCCCCCAGAACUGCCCCUAAGCCAUCCAGCAGCACCAGCAGACUUAGAGAGUUUAAAGAGACAGUCAGCAAUAUAAUCCACAACCGACCAGCCCAGACCAACCAAGGCUCUCCUUGUGGAGGGAAUGUAGUGGGUCAGUCAAAGAUACGGCGCCCCAGGAACUUGCCUGUGCAUUCUCGCGACUGGGAAAUGGAGAGUACCGGCAGUGAAUCCAAAUCCAGUUCAUCUAGCAAGUACCGUCCGACCUGGAGACCCAAAAGGGAGUCACUGAACAUAGACAGCAUCUUCAGUAAAGACAAGAGGAACCGUUGUGGCUACACGCAGCUCAGCCCCUUCUCUGAAGAUGCAGCCAAGGAAUUUGCAGAGGAUGAGUUGAAGGAACCAACAACUCAAGGAACAAGGCCAAACCAACUAAACAUCAGGUAUAAGCACUGGGGUCGAGGUCGGGGCACCCAGCACCUGAUGGAUCAGCAUCCUCGUCUGAUCCAAAGGAUGGAAUCUGGCUAUGAGAGCAGUGAACGCAACAGCAACAGCCCAGUCAGUCUGGACAUGCCCUUGUCUGAGAGCUCAAGCACACACAGGGAUUCUCAUAUGAAGCGAGCAGGUGGGUUGGUUCCUGCCUGGCGUAACAUCCCAAAGUCGCACAGCAGCAGCAUCUUAGAAGUGGAAUCUGCUUCAUCGACUGGUGGUUGGACAAGCAGACAGCACUCUGUUGGGAAUGGUGGAGAAAUGCCUGUCCCAUCAAAGAGCGAACUGGAUGAGUUACAGGAGGAAGUGGCAAGGAGGGCGCAGGAACAGGAGCUACUCAGGAAACGGGAAAAGGAACUGGAGGCAGCAAUGGGCUUUAACCCCCGUCCCAGCAGGUUCAUGGACCUAGAUGAGCUGCAGAACCAGGGGAGGACUGAUGGCUUUGAGAGGUCCUUGCAGGAAGCAGACUCAGUCUUUGAAGAGUCGCUGCAUCAGGAACAGAAGGGAGAUUGUGCUGCAGCUUUUGCUCUCUGUAACGAAGCUAUAUCUAAACUAAGACUUGCCAUGCAUGAUGCCAGCUCUAGCACUCACAGCAGAGCCCUAGUCGAUAAGAAGCUACAAAUCAGUAUCCGAAAAGCACGGAGCCUCCAGGAUCGCAUGCAGCAACAGCCAUCGCAGCAGCCGCCGCCGCCGCCAACCUGCCACCCACCACAGGGGGGCACCAUGACCCAGUCUACAAGUGAACAGACUGGCCCGCUCCAAGUACUGCUGAGCCGGGAGGUAUCACUGGAACCCAACAGAGAAGUGGAAUUCGGGUCCAGUUCUUUCUUCCACCCACCCGCUUCCUGCCAUGAAGUGCACUCAUCAUUAUAUCCAGAGUCUUCCUCCCUACCCAUUCCUGCAAGCAGUCCUCCAAAUAGGAUCUUUCAUAACUUCCGGGCUACUUCUGCUGAUUUCGAUGGCCAAGCUCCCUCUUUUCCGUAUGGGCGUGGGUUGGCUGAGAGACCCACAAAGACUGAGAAUGAUGCCCACCAUGUUAUGGAGCUUGAUGGGGCCCCCGCCAAAGGGCUGAAAGACCAUGACUGCAGCAGCAAAUUAGAAGAAGUCCAUGACAUUACAGCUGUUCUCACACCUCAGCACAAAAUUAAAUUUAAUACAGUCAACUCUGGGUCUUUGCCUACACUAGUCCCCUGUCCCCAUCCAGCGCAAGCAUCAUGUCCCAAUAAAAGCGGUCUGCAUAGUCCUUGCUUCAGUCUGUCAAACUCUCCAGUGCCCACUAGCAUUGAUCAGGUAGGGGGCUAUCAUUCCAUGAUCUCUGCUGCUUCAUUCCUGUCACUUCAGUGCCCCCUGGCUCCCUUACAAACAGCAAACAGGUACCCUAGAACAAACAGCCGUGAAACUUUACUGCUCCCACAGGAUGACUUCAGCAACGUGGAGACUUGCAAAUCUAAGACCCAUAGCUCAAAGGGGCAUGUUCGUUCCCUUGCAGAGCAGUUUCAGAGACUGCAUGGAGUCUCCAAGAAAGAAGGUGCACAUGAGAAAGGGUGGACUGCUGCAGUCUGUCAGGAUGAGAAGUCUCCAAGGCUGAUACAGGAGUCAUUCAUUAAUUCUUCAACCUCAGGCUACAGGCAAUUAAUUCCUCAAAGUCAAGAAAACAGAACCCAGUCUUCCGAAAAGUUGCAUUCAUCCUUAGAUGUUAGGGAUGGGUUUGCUUCCUUGGAGGGUUUUCGCACUCAACUCAUUACCUCUAAGAGUCCUGGAUCGCACAGUGAAGACCAGUGUAGAAGAGGUGAACAGAAUGUAGCUGGCCCUGCACUCUCCCAGGAAAGGCACACUCAUGAGAGAGGUGUGAGACAGGUGGAUGAUGGAACUGCCACUGGUAUGGGUGCUUCUAUGCCUGUGGACUGCUGGGUGGACAAUGUCACCAGGUAUUACAGUUCUCAACUGGACUGUAAAAAUACAGAAUCACUUCCUGUGCCAGGGAGGAAUCCACCCCUUUCUGAUCACAGAACAGUCAGAGAUGACCUGAAUGGGACCCCAGUGCAGUUUCACCCACAGUGGAAUCAAGACACAGAGCAGGAGAUCUCUGAGUUGGAGUACCUCUAUCAGGCUAGCCUAGCUGGUAGGCCUGUGUUGGGAAGACUGGACAAUUCCAGGCACUCAUCGAGCAAGCCAGUCUCUGAAAACAUAACUAUGAGGAAGUUGCACACUGUAGCCGGUAUGGGUCUCUCGAAAACGCCAACAGCAGAGAUUGAGCACAAUCUCUAUGGAGCCAUUGUCUCUCCUGUCUCCAAGGUUGCAUAUGCCAGAGGCCAUAGCAGGGAGCCAGAAGAGGAGAUGUACAGUGCAGAGAAUUUCCGUCGCAUUGCUCGCAGUCUCAGUGGGACAGUCAUCACAAACAGGGAAGAGACUCUGGUCUCCUCUCAUAGUUUUGAAGCAUCAAAUGUGAGGAAAAUGCCAAAGGAAACCACGCACCGUUCUUCCAGCUCCACUUCCCUCCCUUUUCCCCAUGAUCCUUCUGUGUUACCCUUUGAUCCCCACCACUACCCAACCCAGAGGCAGAACCUGUCCCAUGAUGUACUGAUGCCUAGCAUGGUGGGCAAAGCACGUAGACCAUCAGGAGAUCAGAAGAACGUCCAGAAACUUCUGGUUGUGCCUGACCGGGGUGAAACUUUCCGAGGUGAAGACCACCCAGGUAUGGCACUGAGCUACAGGAGUCUCCCUUGCGCACAGAAAUGCUCUUCUUCCCAAGGUCAGGGGCCUCUUGUUGACCAGCAUAUGGGAGGUGGAGCAUCAAGGAUCUCUGGCCAAUGGCUGCAGAUGAACCACACUGCCAGACAAACAGCAACACUGCCAGACAAACGAACAUUGCAGUUGGGAUACACUGCCCAGCCAGACAAGGGGUUAGAGGAAAGCUUCCUUCAGCAGUCCUCCCGACACCAAAUGCAUGAGUCCUAUGCCAUCAAUUGCAGGCCACGUCCUAGCACAGACUACAGUACCUUCAGAGUACUACAGGGGCUUUCUUGGGACCCUGGUGCCUCUCACGGUUGCCCGGUGCCUCCCCCGUGUACUAAGGCCCCUGGACCAAGGAGAGUAGAUAUGCCCCCAGAAGAAGACUGGCGUCAGAACAGCUUUAUCCCUCAGCCUGGUGGACGGAGAACAUUGCCAGUGCACGUGGUGGAUGGGACUUUUUCGUCUGCUUCUGAGGUGCACCAAAGGAUGAUGGCCCGAGCAGCAGCAGCUGCUGCUGCCACCCUGCAGAAUAGUGGCUGGUGAGGUCUUGUUCCACUCAAUGUGUUCCCAGCAUUGAUCAAACCCCCUUGUGAGCAGACUGUCUGAACUGUAGCUGUUGCUGAGGUGCAGUUAAUAACAAGGCAGCUAACUCUUCAGUCAGUAGCUCUGCUAGUCUUGUCUUAAAAUGUAGCUAUAUGGUAUGUGGAAACUAAUUGCACUGUAUUUCUUUUCCUGUAUUGCUGAAUUGCUGUCUGUGGGGGGAGCUCUCAGCUAUUCCGAUCCCAGCUCCUCUCAGCAGUAAGCGCUAUAGUCAAUAAUAGGUAUAAGGGGCACUGGCUGUGGAUAAGCUCACAGGUGCACGUUUAUUUUGAAGAAAGAUGUACCAUUAACAAAAAGGACCACUUUUUAAAGGACUCAAGCAUGAAACGUAGUUCUGCUAAAUUCAUUGCAUACAAAGCCAAUAUGCUAUUUUCCAUUUGUUUUCUUCUCCGCCUCCCUCUUGUGUUAUCUACUGGGGGAAAAACUGAUCCACCUACCAGGUUCCAGCAAAUCUGGACACGGCAGGACUGGUGGUAAGUGAGGCAAACCCAACAUUCAGUGUGCUGAGACUUCAAGCACAGGCCACAGCUGUAGUUGCUACUGUGAAGGGAGAGGGAGACAUUGCCCCAGAGUAAACCAGAACUUUUCCCCACUUCCUUCAGGCAAACUAACAAUGCUUCAAACAGAAACGACUGUUAAUGCUGCACGCUUAAUUACACCAAUGUAAACACAGAAUAAGUUUAGCUAUUUUAGGGUCAAACAUACUUGCUUUUGUAAGUAUUUUUCAAAUAAAUCUAUGAAAUAGUUCUAUUUAACUGCCUGUGUAUGAAUCAUCUUCAUUUUUUAUUUGGUUUUACUCAGCAACUGGCCUGAAAGCUCUGAUUUGUGUUUUUUUAAUACUCUGGAAUAA